UCGCCCGUGUCGUUCCAACACGUUCUCGUUAUCUCAGGGAGGGAUUGUUCGUUGAACGGGGAAGCUGUCCCAACCUGCCCCCCCGUCUGCAGGUGCGGUCUUUGUGGGCGGAGCUUGUUCGGGCAGGUAGCGACUGGAUUGCAAUUGUAGCGCCAUCCCAGGGAGGAGGAAUGACGACAAAAGGCCAGGAUUGCCACACGCCGUCAAAUAAACAGGAAUUUCUUGACUAAAACCAAGCGACCUUUAACGGCAGACGUGCUGAAAAUAACGGAGGACCUGCGUCACCCAGACGUGGAAUAAUUCCAACUAAAUGUCACUCAUUAACCGGACCCCGCCCUGCUGAUAAGGACUUGAAGGUUUCCUGCCAGGACGUCCCAUCUUCACUUGGCAUCAAGACUCCUCGCAGAUAUCCAGGAUGACACCUCAACUCUGCAAAGGGCUGGACGUGGGCGUGGUCUUGCCGAGGUCCUUCCCGCCGGUGUGUUGACGUGUGCCAUGGACUUCGUGGCCCACACAGCCCACUGGCAGUUCCUGGGCCUGCUGGCGGGCUGCCUGGCGUGGAUCGUCACCAUGGCGACGGCGGGCAUGGACGAGUGGCGCCUGUGGCAGGUGGAGGACGUGUCGGUGGUCACGUCGGGCGUGGCCUGGGUGGGCAUCUGGCGGGCGUGCUUCCACAGCCACGCCCUCCCGCAGGCGGAGCGCUGCCAGAGCAUGGGCGUGUCCGACGCCUUCGUGCCGGCGGAGGUGAAGGCGGCGCAGGCGUUGAUGCUGCUGGCGGUGCUGGGCGGCCUGGCGGCCAACGUGGGCGGCGGCCUGGCGCUGAGGCGCGUCUACUUCUCGGUGGAGGAGCGCGGGGACGUGCGGCCGCUCUUCCUGCUGGCGGGGAGCCUCUUCGUGCUGACGGCGGCCGUCACCUCGGUGCCUCUUCUGUGGAACCUGACCUCGGUCCUCAACGACGACACCAUCCGCUUCCCUCCGCACUUCCUGCUGCCCGCCGUCCCCGCCGGCCAGCGGGUGGGCGCGGCCGUGGGCGUGGGCUUCUUCGGCGCCAUCCUGAUGCUCCUCAGCGGGACGACGUUCCUGUGCUACCGCGCACCUGAAGACAUCUGGACGCCACCUGCGGAAGGUUCUGGAAGAGCAGAGAACUUCGAAGGCAGGAAUAAUUCAUCUUUCCACGCGUUAUAAUCCACACUUCCUGCUUCAAUUAACAACUUUAAUGUCAAAACAGGACAACAAUAAUCACUUUUAUUUCAUUUUUAGUGACUUUCAUGUCUUUUUGAUCUUCUCAACAGAGCCUUUGUUUGGCGAGCUCAGACAACUCUGUUUCACAGCUGGUCUCAAACAUGGCGGCCUGUGGUCUCAUGACAAAGACUAUCACUGAUUGGUCAAAAGCUCCUCACGUGACCACCGGGCGCCAUGUUAGAAACCAACUCCGAUUCCUCUGUCUAUACAAAGUAGUCAUUCUAGUGAGUUUUUUUUUAGCAGAUUUUCAUUUAAUUUUUUUUAUUUUGAACAUUUUCUAUCAAAUGAAGUCCUAAAUAUUUUAAUUCAAUUAAAUGUCGUUUGUAGUUUUGUUAAAUUUAACACAAAAAUUGUGGCGAUUAGACGAUCAGACAAAAGUACACAACAGGAGCACACUAGUGUUGUUGCGGUCGGUCUUUAAAAGACUUCCGUCAAAGAUCCUCUAUACGACAGGAGCACACUAGUGUUGUUGCGGUCGGUCUUUAAAAGACUUCCGUCAAAGAUCCUCUAUACGACAGGAGCACACUAGUGUUGUUGCGGUCGGUCUUUAAAAGACUUCCGUCAAAGAUCCUCUAUACGACAGGAGCACACUAGUGUUGUUGCGGUCGGUCUUUAAAAGACACCCGUCAGAGAUCCUCUAUAUGUCAGGAGCACACUAGUUCUUUGUUAGGUUGUUAAAAACACAUGUCAAAGAUCCUCUCUAUACGACAGGAGCACCUUGUUGUGGUUGGUUAUCAAAGAUCCUAUAAAUGACACGAGCACACUGGUAGAUUAUCAGCUAUCCUCAAUACGACAGGAGCACACUAGUGUUGUUGCGGUUGGUCUUUAAAAGACACCCGUCAAAGAUCCUCUAUAUGACAGGAGCACAAUGGUGUUGUUGUUGUAGGUUAUCUAAGAUCCUCUAUAUGACAGGAGCACACUGGUGUUGUGGUAGGUUUUUAAAAGACACCCGUCAGAGAUCUUCUAUAUGACAGGAGCACACUAGUUCUUUGUUAGGUUGUUAAAAACACAUGUCAAAGAUCCUCUCUCCUAUAAGUGACAGGAGCACACUGGUGUUGUGGUAGGUUAUCAAAGAUCCUCUACGCGACAGGAGCACACUAGUGUUGUUGCGGUUGGUCUAUAAAAGACACCCGUCAAAGAUCCUCAAUAUGACAGAAGCACAAUGAUGUUGUUGUUGUAGGUUAUCUAAGAUCCUCUAUAUGACAGGAGCACACUGGUGUUGUGGUAGGUUAUCAAAGAUCCUGUAUAUGACAGGAGCACACUAGUGUUGUUGUGGUAGGUUAUCAAAGAUCCUCUAGGACAGGAGCACACUAGUGUUGCAGUAGGUUUUUAAAAGACACCCGUCAGAGAUCCUCUAUAUGACAGGAGCACACUAGUUCUUUGUUAGGUUGUUAAAAACACAUGUCAAAGAUCCUCUCUAUACGACAGGAGCACCUUGUUGUAUUAGGUUAUCAAAGAUCCUAUAAAUGACACAAGUACACUGGUGUUGUGGUAGGUUAUCAAAGAUCCUCAAUACGACAGGAGCACCUUGUUGUGGUAGGUUAUCAAAGAUCCUCUAUAUGACAUGAGCACAAUGGUAGAUUAUCAACUAUCCUCAUUACGACAGGAGCACACUGGUGGUGUUGUGGUAAAUUAUCAAAGAUCCUCUACACGGCAGGAGCACACUAGUGUUGUUGCGGUUGGUCUAUAAAAGACACCCGUCAAAGAUCCUCUAUGUGACAGAAGCACACUGGUGUU